UGAUGUUUACUCAUACUCUGUGCAAAGAAUACUAACGUGAGAUAGCUCUAAGCGAGACUAUAUUCCUUGAGACUGAUAGGAGUUAGUAUUGAACAGAUGUUAAUAUUAGUUUUUUUUGUAAAGAACAACAUAUACAAGUUUUAAAUAACGCUUUGAAAACGGACAUACUCUCAAAUGCAUGUUUUUUUAAUUUUGUUUUUUUCUCGUGUUUAUCUCGCUAAUCUCAAUUACUACGUUUACAUCAUUCCACCAUAAUUUAUUUUUAUUUUUAUGUUAAAUAGCCCUUAUUAACUGCUGUUAUUAUUUUUCUUGAAGAAUAUAUCGAAUCAUUACAAUUAACAAAUACUCCAGAAGUAUUUGGUUUACAUCCAAAUGCAGAAAUUGGCUAUUAUACAAAGUCUGCACGUGAUAUAUGGGUACAACUAAUCGAAUUACAACCACAAUCUGGCGAAGCCACUGGUGGAAUGAGUCGUGAUGAAUACAUCGACAGUACAGCAGCUGAUAUACUAAAACGUGUACCACCUCAAUAUGACACUGAUAAAGUUUGGAAAACAUUUGGUGGUGAAUCGAUUUCUCCAACAUUCGUGGUGUUAUUACAAGAAUUAGCUCGAUUUAAUAAUUUAACAUCAAUAAUAACAAGAUCAUUAACAACAUUGAGACGAGCAUUGAAAGAUGAAGUAGGAAUGUCAAACGAAAUGGAUGAUUUAGCACGAGCUCUCUAUAAUGGACAAUUGCCUCCAAUGUGGAAAAAAAUUAAUAUCUGCAACAAAAAAAAAUCUUGCCACUUGGAUGGAUCAUUUUCUGAGAAGAAAUCAAUUGUACAACGGUUGGGUGAACCAAAUGUCAUGUGGCUGUCCGGUUUACAUAUUCCUGAAUCAUAUUUAACUGCACUUGUUCAAGUAACAUGUCGUAAAAAUGGUUGGCCACUAGAUAAGUCAACAUUGUACACACAAGUAACCGAAAGCGAAAGAUGUUGUUUUAUAACUGGACUUUAUUUGGAAGGAGCAAGUUGGGAUGUUCGAAAAUGUUGUUUAUUAAGACAACGUCCAAAAGAACUUAUACAAGAAUUACCAGUUAUGAAAGUUAUUCCAAUCGAAUCACACAAACUUAAAUUACAGAAUACAUUACGAUGCCCUGUUUAUGUCACGUCCGAUCGUCGUAACACAAUGGGAGUGGAUUUAGUGUUUGAAUCUGAUUUAUCCACAACUGAACAUAGCAGUUAUUGGGUAUUACAAGGUUUCUGUCUUAUUUUGAAUACUGACUAA